AUAAAAAAAAGGAAGGGGAGAGAUAUGAUGAUAGUCAAAUAUGAGAGUAACACAAUCACAGCGUCUUCCUAUUUGCCUUUUAUUCCCCUGAUCGUUCUCUUUUCUUUUUUUUCGACGGUUAUUCAACCACCUUCUGGAAGGGCUGAACCACAAAGUCAGUAUCGCCGAUCGGAGUUAGUUUCCAGCCUCUUUGAAGAUAUCAUUAAAAAAAUAAUAUAUAUAUUAUUCAGUACUUUGAUGGAGUACGCAAAGAAGUUCAGUCAAGAACAAAUGAUGUCGGUAGGGAUGCAUCAGUCAUACGAACCGGGAAUACAUGAUUAAUUAAUUGAAAGUAUGUACAAGUGGAGUGAGUGAGGGGCCCAUGAUGCGAGUGGAGUGAAAGCGAAGAAGAGACUAGAGACAAGAGAGAGACAGAGCAAUCUUACCAAAUACCGAAAAGAAAAGAACGUGCAUGGGGCGUCACAUGGACGGGAUCAUCCGCAGAAGCAAAAAUACUUGGGGAUAAAUAAAAAAUAAAAAAAAAAUAAGGAAAG